CUCUCUGUCCCUCCCCCUCUCGCUCUCUCUCUCUCUGUCCCUCCCCCCUCUCUCUCUGUCUCUCUCUCUGUCCCUCUCUCUGUCACUCUCUCGCUCUCUCGCUCUCUCUCUCUCUGUCACACUCCCUCUCUCUCUCUCUCUCGCGCUCUCUCUCUGUCACACUCCCUCUCUCUCGCGCUCUCGCUCUCUCUCCUGCUCUCUCUCUCUGUCACACUCCCUCUCUCUCUCUGUCCCCCUCUCUCUGUCCCUCCCCCUCUCUCUCUGUCUCUCUCCGUCACACUCCCUCUCUCUCUCUCGCGCUCUCUCCUCUCUCUCUGUCCCCCCCUCUCUGUCCCCCCCUCUCUCUCUCACUCCCUCUUUCUCUCUCUCUCUCUCCCUCUCUCUGUCACUCUCUCGCUCUCUCUCUCUCUCUCUCUCUCUCUCUCUCUCUCUCUGUCACACUCCCUCUCUCUCGUGCUCUCUCUCGCGCUCUCUCUCUCGUGCUCUCUCUCGCGCUCUCUCUCGUGCUCUCUCUCGUGCUCUCUCUCUCGUGCUCUCUCUCGCGCUCUCGCUCUCUCUCUCUCUGUCACACUCCCUCUCUCUCUCUCUGUCCCCCCCUUCUCUCUGUCCCUCUCUCUCUCUCUCUCUCUCUCUCUCUCUCUCUCUCUCUCUCUCGCCCUCUCUCUCCCUCCCUCUCUCUCUCUCUCACGCCCUCUCUCGUUUUAGACAGGGCAUCAUGUAGCAGCGCAGCAAGAAAGGAGGCUGAUCCGCAGUGCCCCUGCUUCUCUCUCUGUUGUUUUUGUUUGUCCGUUUUUUAUCCCCCCGCCCCACCCCAUCCGUGUUGUAAUGACCCACCACCACUGCCAGCCUCAGGAGAGAUGCCUGUACUUGAGAUGGCAGUGAGCCCUGUCAAGUCCCUGUACUGGGUGGUGUUCCCCCCCAUGUCCUCAUGCAGGGUCUACUGCACCCCUGUGUUCCACGGUGGCCUGCUCUAUGUUCUGGGAGGAUGCAGUGAAACAGGCCUGCCUUUAGAUACUGCUGAGGUGCUGGACAUAGAGAGCCAGACAUGGACCCAGCUUCCUCCGCUCCCUACAGCCCGGGCGGGGGCGUCGGCGGUGGCCCUGGGGGGUCAGGUGAUGGUGAUGGGGGGCAUGGACCUCCAGCAGAGCCCCCUGUCCUCCGUGGAGGUCUACAACCCUGACGAGGGCAAGUGGGAGAGGAGGGCCAGCCUGGGACAGCCCUCCAUGGGCAUCACCUCUAUAGAGAAAGAUGGGAAGGUGUAUGCGCUGGGAGGGAUGGCAGCUGACACUACGCCCCAGGCGCUAGUGAGGGUCUACGAGCCGGAGAAGGACCAAUGGCAGGCCUUGACCUCCAUGCCCACACCUCGCUACGGAGCCACCUCCUUCCUGAGAGGCAACAAGAUUUACGUGCUGGGUGGGCGUCAGGGAAAGCUUCCUGUCACAGCCUUUGAGGCCUUUGACCUGGAAAUGAAGAGUUGGACGCAUUACCCCUGUAUCCCCAGCCGCCGAGCCUUCGCCUGCUGUGCUGCCACCGAGCGGGGCUUCUUCAGUCUAGGAGGGCUCCAGCAGCCCUGCCCCCAUAACUUCUACUCCAGACCUCACUUCGUCAGCACGGUGGAGGAGUACGACCCAGAACAGGGUGAGUCCCUUCAGUGCUACAGGUGCUCUACCCACAUAACUAAAUAAAACCCAGUAUUGUUAAGAUGUUUUGUAUCUCUAUCAAUACUCUCAUUCAGUCAGUCCCACUAUAGCUCCAAUACUCUCAUUUAGUUCCUCCCACUAUAGCUCCAAUACUCUCAUUCAGUUCCUCCUACUAUAGCUCCAAUACUCUCAUUCAGUUCCUCCCACUAUAGCUCCAAUACUCUCAUUCAGUCAGUCCCACUAUAG